AUAAAAGAACAAGGUACAGAUAUAUUUUUUUUUUGUAUAGCUUCAUUAUAUGGAAGUAGAAAAGUAAGAAUUUGAAAGUAAGAUACUGAAGAAAAAAAGAGCUACCAGUGAUGAGUGCGAGUAACAUUCAUUUGGGAAGAUCAUCUCAUGGUAAAUGGAAAUCGGAAUCCAGUAGACAUGUACCGUUCGGAUACCUUCAGAGAACGUGGACGGAAGUCUCAAGAAUAAACUACUUCUCCGCCUUGGCUUUUGACAGCACAUCUAAAAUAAGCCAGAAAUACAAAAGGUUUUCUUUACCUUUAAAAAAUCAUUUAUCCCUCGCGCUUUUUGACUCGGCCAAGUUUCACGAUUUGGAUGAAGACAGCAUGCAGGAAACGUUUCCAAUCAACGUAACGCGACUUAUGAAUGAAGAACAGCUUUGGGGUUGCUUUUACAAUUUCCCUCAGCUAUACGAGGACGAAUAUUCUCCGGUAGUUAAAGUGAGGAACAUUAGUGAUAUCGCAGAGGUACAGGACGGGGUUCUCACGAGGGAUCUGGUUAGCGUAUGCCUCAGUUAUUUGAAACGAACGCCAAUUUUGGGUGACUACGUGUAUAUUAAAUUGGAUUUAUCGUCUAAGUUGUUAUCAGAUAUAGAAAAUCUAAAACAUUAUAAAUAUAUAGUGUACUUGGAUCUGUCUUCGAAUCAGAUAUCGGAGUUGACGGUGCUCUGUUACCUGCCGUACGUUCAAUAUCUUGAUGUCUCGUUCAACAGACUGUGUAGUGUCCUCGAUUAUGAAACACCUCAAUGGUUUUUGACAGAGGUAAAUUACAGAUACAAUAUUGUAACAAAAAUACGAGAUCUUGAGUUGUUUUGGUCGAUUACUGUUUUGGACUUAGCACACAAUAACAUCAAAUGUAUAAAUGGAUUAGAAACAUUGAGAUAUUUGCGACGCCUGGACUUAUCAUUCAAUCACAUACAACGUCUAGAAAAUCUGAACCACCUUCGAUUGCUAUGGCUGGAUCUAUCUUAUAACAAUAUAUCUGACUUUGAGUUCGGCGAUAAUGUUGGCCUGUGGACAUUACUACAUUUACAAUAUCUGAAUUUAAAUGAGAACAACUUAACGUCAAUGAAAGUAUUCUCUGGUUGUUCCAGGCUUCGCGAAUUACACGCACGAAAUAAUAGAUUCUGUGCAUUAUUAGACCUGGCUGUAUAUAUGUCAAAGUUACGAUUGAUAACAGUUUUAGAUCUCCGAUCUAACCCUGUGUGUUCAGUGCCGGGAUAUAAUGACGUCAUUGUCAACUCCUUCCCUAUGCUUCUUACCCUGGAUGAGUGUGAUUUAGACCCUGUUGAUCAGAGAUUAGUGAAAAUGAAUAUGUCCCCUGAUGCUGUUACGUUUGCAAGUAGACGUCUGCUCCGUUUGCUUUACAUAGAGCAACUGUCCAGAGCGCGGGUCUCUCCCUACAAUCCUCCAGCUGAUACAACUGAUGUCCCUAUUGUGGUACUCGUUGGAUAUGAAGCUGUUGGAAAAGGUUCAUUAGCUCGUAGACUUACUCAAGAAUUGAGUUCGCAUAUUGAAUUAGCAGUACAGCAUACGACUGCCGUUUACCACUUCCCCAAUCAUUACAUACAAGUAUCAAGAAAAGAAUUCGACGGUAUGUUACUGGCUGGACAGUUCCUGACAUAUAGCGAAGUGGAUGGUGAAUCAUAUGGUCUUAGUCGGGAGCAAGCGUUUGUAAGAGACGCAAAAGUCAGGGUUGUAGCAAUGGAUUUGAUCGGUGCCCUUAUGCUGAAGUUGAGAGGUCGACAACCAUAUUUAAUAUUGACGACGUGUUUGGAUAAGCAGGCAUUGGCAAAGAGGCAACAGGAUCGAAAAAUUGCCAGGGAUUUAGCGCAUGAAGAAAAUUUGAAUGCCGAAUCACUUAUAGAAAUAUCAACAUUGCAAGUUUUGCUUUCGGGUAGAAUCAUCAUCAAUGGUAUACUUAAUGAAAUUCUGCAGGCGAUACCAGAAGAUAAGUCUCGAAGUGAAUUCCUAAUAGAAUCUGAAUGUUCACUUUUCAAAGGAGCAUCCAGCGAGAUAUCUAGAAAGCAAAAGAAUGAGAACAAACUUCUUUCUUCUACUACCUCGUGGAUGUACCAAGAGAAGAACAAUAGCCAAUAUGGUUCGAGCAUCUAUUCAUUGUAUAAUGAGCCAACGCCUGAUGAAACGACAAGCGAAGCGCAUCGCAGAAUGGAUUUAGAAACAGAGCGCAAAAGUGAGAAAAUUGAUUCGCGAUCGUUGUUUUUCGAGGAAAAUAUUGACAAAUACAAAAGCAUCGAAAAUACUCAAGGAAUUUCAUCAACUUUGAAAGGCAGUAGAAAAUCUUCCAAAUCUGUUGCAUUUACAUCGCCGGAAAGAACAGAUUUUGACGCCGAAGAAUCUAUACCGUCUGGUUUAAUGAUUGAACCGCCAAAGAGCAAAGAGAGCAGUGGACCGGCGACAAUAAGCGCGAAAAUAGCGUGGGCACGAGGUGAACAAUCCCUGGACUCAGAUCUAUGGUUUGCCUUCUUAGCUGAGAAUGGACUUAUACAAACGAGUGAAAUGAUUUCGGAUACUAAAUGUUACGACAUAUACAAACGUAAAAGUGAGAACGACGACCCUGAUUUGUUUCAUAUUCCAGUGCAAAAUUAUAAAGAGAUACCAUCAGAAACAUUUACAAAAUAUAUGAAAGAAGAUUACGACGAACUACACCGCUCGUGUCCCGGUCUGUUCUGGGAUACUGUCACCAUGGAUAAUCCUGAAAAAGCUUUCAAAAAGGUGAAGAGUAUUAUUAAGAACAUUGUGAAUUCACAGAAGUGCUUGAAGCCUUUGUUUGACAUAGACUUCAGUAAUAUAGAGAAAUAUCCAAUUUCACAGAACAAACUCUCUGAAAUCUGCAAGCAAAUUGCACCACAACAGUUAUUCUAUUAA